GUUACGUCCAUCCAGCAGCUUUGGGUCGUGCUUGCUAACCACUUUCUGUAUUUUCAGCCGUGUUCGGUCAGUUAGCGUCCUGCUGUCCGGCCUCAGGUGCAGGACAGAGUCUGGAGAAGUGCUGAGACUCACCUGCAGUCUUUUUUACUGAGGUCAGCACGAUGAAUAUUGGUUCUAAAAGUAAGAAGCGGAUGGUUCUGCCCAGCCGUCCUGACCCCCCCAGCGUGGACCAGAUCCUGGAGGACAUCAACAAAGCUGCUCCCAACGACCCGGUCUUCAGCAUCCUGGAGCAGACUGGACAAGACUUGUCCCGGCCUUCGGACAGUGACGUCGAGUUGAGGUUCCAGCAGUGUCGUCAGUAUCUGGAGCUGAACGAGCGGCUGCAGGAGGUUCGAGGUCGGCUGCUGUGGCAGAGGGAGGAGCUGCGAGUUGCGGGGGAGCAGCUGGAGAAGGACGUGGCGGAGGUCAAAGGUCAAGCACUCUGACUCUUCACCGCUCUGUCACAGACUUUCCUGUCGGGGACGUUCUCGGUGCAGACGGCCUGAUGGUUCAGCUGACACUUCACUGACUGACUCGGAUCAAAACCGCCAAAGUGCCUUUGAGCCAGACACCGGUGGUGCUUCUGUCCUCUGACCUUUGACCUGUAUCUGCAGGAGAUGUUGGGUUUGUAUCAGCAGUGACUGAAUACAGCUGAAAGAGGACAGUGAAGUGAGGCUGACGGCUUGAUUGAUUCAGUGGUUUCCUUUACAUCAUUAAUAUACAAAACUUCAGCCUGAGUGACAAAGUGAUGGUAAACGUUCCCCGACACCAAUAACUGAAACUCCAGACUGGUACGUUUGUUCUCAAUUAAGGGAAAGAAAACAAAUUCUCCUGUUUGAGAAGUUGUAAAGAACGGCCGUUGAUAGUUUUACCUGACAAAGGAUGUGAUUCUAAUGAUUUAUCAGCCAUUUCUGCCCUUUAUGCUCAUCAGAUCUAAGUCGUGUUAUGAUGUUUGUGUUCAGACUGAACGUGAAGUCAAAUCCUAAAGAUCCCAGCUCGUGUUAAAACACUCUCCUCCUGUGGGGAAACUUCGCUUUGCUGACAAUCUCUUUCCAUUAUCUGAUGCAGUCAAGACGGCGACAUCUGCUGGCCAACACGCGGUGUUGCAUUUUUACUGGAGGCGUAAAGGAUCGGCUCUGUUCAUACUGGACAUUAAAGAUCAGAGUUAAUAUGAGGCUUCAGCAGUCUGAGAUCAUGAAAUCAAGCUGAUGGGACAGAAGUGAUCUCAUUGAUCCUGUUUCUGUUAAAACUAGAACCAGCUGUUGUGGGAUGUAACCCUCAUCCCAUUGAACCGUUGAUAGAUUUGCCAUUAUACUUGAUUUUAUAGCGUCGUCUGUAAAACUCGCUUCCUGUUCAGUCUGAACAACCUUUUAUUGUGUCAGUGAAUCACAAAACAAAUAAAAAGCGACAAACUGCUCACGUCGCGUUUCCUGUCACGCUGCCGCGUCUGUAGGAAGCAAAGCCGACACAGUGGUUUAAUGAAACACGUCACUUUUUAUUGGAUGGAAACAUUUAUUAUGACACACCUCUGCUGCUUUGCCUAUUUCACAUGGCACCGUACGUCUCUGUGGCCUUGUUCACGCUCAGAAGGCGGGGACCUCACAGGACAUCCUCUGAUGACUCGUCCAUCGAACCUGAAGGUUUCCUCCUCCUCAGAGUCGUCCAAUCGAUUAUCUGAUUAUCUGAGAACUGACUCGGUCACACGUUCAGAUUCAUUUGAACUACAGUUAAAUAUUAAGUUUGUGAAGCGGAGGAUGUGCAGAACAUAAGCUACGUGACUUACAACUCGUGUGCUUUAGCUUGAAGUCGUCUAAAAUGCCCGCCAGGCGUGAACAAGGCCGCCGACAGCGAUGGCGGACAAACUUCCAGGACUUUCUGAUGGCUUUUAAACACGGAACCAAAUUCCCUGUUUGUCUUUUCAUCCUGAUUUUACUCAUAGGGGCUGUGGAAGUGAUGUCUUUCCACCCAAAAUCUGUCUUUUCAGUAUCAAACGCUCAACUGAAAUAUAUUCUAAAUCCACUACUCAAGCUGACAGGUAUGGGUUCAAAUGAGGGACAAAAGAGUUUGUGUGAAAUGAUCAGAAGGAAUUUCAAAUCCUGCGACUGUAGAAUAAUAUUUGUAAAAAGUGGUGAACAUCUACUCAUCAUCCACUCUUCCAGUCGAUUUCUGCGGCGUCACACCUCGUCUGGUAGAGACAGAUGAAACAAGAGCUCAGCUCAGCGAGUCCAGAGAGAGUGAUGAGAGUGAUGAGAGCCACAAAGACGCCUGGAGUCACGCCGGUCCUGUAAUCCACAGCAGGUGUGCAUGUGGUGUACCUGUUAAUGCACAGUUUACAGGACUGUCGUGACGCAAGACAGCGAAUGGACUCAUCACCUUCACCUUCAUGUUAAAGUCACUCAUAAUGUAAACAGUUUACUCAUCGUGCAGAAUCCAAAAUGUGAAUGAAUUUGCGAUAAAGCUCAGUCCCGUUUGUCAGUUUUCUGUUUUAAAUCUGGACUUGGAUGCUCAUGAAUGCAGUUUUCUCUUUGUGUCGCCACACUUUUCAUAGAAAGUGCAGAAUUUUUAUGAAGACUUCACUUUUACUAGAAUUUCUCAUGAAGGGUUUCAGCAAAAGGUGACACACACACUGUGAAACAGAACUUCACAAGCUCAAACUCUUAUCGACCCACAUUUAAAAACCUCAUACAACAACAGGCAAGUGUUUGAUACUGAAAAGGUCCAGCAGACGUCAGUGCAUCACUUUUAUAUUUCAUAAUGGUCACUGGGAUUUGAAAGGUUUGCAUUCAAAAGCUACUUGGGCUUCAUUCACACUCAAAACAUGCUUUGGAAAUACGUUAGGGUGACAGUAAAUGCAGAAGUUUGUCCGUAUGAAUAAACAGCCCCGUCAGGUAGAUUAUUGUUAUUCCAUCCAGCCCUCUGCCGCCUCUGAGCACACACGGAGGAGUGAUGGUACAACUACAGAGAAUAUUCAUCGUCUUUAUAUUCGACUUCUUCUCGACCUAUCACUACUUUUACAGCAACACAGUUAAGCAGAUAUUAACACGUUAUUAUAAAGACUUCCAGUGGAUGAGUUCUGUAAGGACACGCGUCCAUCGACUCGAAGGCCAACCGCUGUUGAAUGUUUGUUUCUUGACAGGAAAUACUCGACAGCAAACAGUGUCUGAAUCUAGUAGCAAACACAAGAAUAAUGUCAUCACAUUCGAUUAACGGAGGCUUUGUUCAUCUACGCUGACAGUUUAUAGCAUUAUAGGUCUCUGCGGCACUUCAAUACAGGUGGCUAGUAAAGCUCUUGUCGGGCUUCAGAAAGUACAGUAUUUUACCACUGUGUCCAAUGUUAACGAGUGUGUGUACACUCAGUGAGUAUAUUAGCAUGCUGUCAGGGAGCCCACCAGGAAGCUUUGAAGAUUUGUAUGUCUGCAAGUUAUUUACAAUACUGAUUAAGACAAAGAGUACAGUGUGAAGUUAUUCUGAAUCAGCUGAUGGUAUUUGCUGUGGUAUUUCCACAGCAGUGAUGGAACAGGAGUCCAGUGGUGUCGGGGUGAAAAUCUGGGAUAAAUCACAACCUCGAAUUAAUUAAGCAAAGUAGGAUUGGGUUAUAUGAAGAUAUCUACUGUGGGAGAUUAUAUAUUUAAAUCUACAAUACCGUGUAUACUGAGAUAACGAUGCUAUAAUACAGUAUUUGUACUUGCAUUGGCCCAUUGAAGGCAACGCUCCAAAUCACUGAGCAGGAUUUAUGGAAAUACUGAAUUUUAAUAGUUUUGCAUGAGUAUAAUUAAAUACCUUGAUUUUAUUCAUAUCUAAUUCUAAACCCUUAAGUUAAUCAGUUCCCUCACACUCUGUGCCCUUAAAAUGUACAGAAUCGAGUUUAACUUGAUUUUUAUCUGUUACAAAAUUUUUGGUUUGGAUUAAGUUUCGAACAGGUUAAGUUUUUAUUUCUAACCUGUAAUACACAAAGUCUGUCAUGGAUAUCACCAUAUUGUGUUGAGCAGCCGUGAAACAGCUAGAAAGUAUCUCCGCAUAUCUCAGGCCAAGAAUGUAAUGUUAUCCAGACGCCUACAGCUAGAGUGUCGAAACAACAAAGACAAAUGGAAUAAAGGUAAUUGCACUAUUAAACUGAAGAACUAAUGCAUCAGACAUGUGCCCCCAACCCCACUGGGCUCCACAUAUGUAACAGGAAAGGCUAACAGUGUAUCAUAGUCAGUUGAGUGGUGAGGCAAAGUCCCAAAGCGUUGAUGUUCUGUAUGUAAAAAAAAAAAGAAUUUACAUGUCAGUGUGUUUGUGUCCUUUGUGAGAGUCUGUCAACAGUCCGCCACAGUUUGUACCUUUUCAGGUAAAAGUCCAGCUGAGCUAUCCUUCAGAAGUUUGCAUAAUAUUGUUCUUUUAUCGAUUCUGUCCAGGAGACCGAUGGUGAUUUAUGUGCUGAAAUCAAGUUCAUUGUCUUUUGUUUUUACUACAUUUCUACCAGGCAAUGAAUAUUCUACAAAUACAAAAAAAAGUACAAAAUGA